AUGGAAAAUUUGGAUAGGUUUAUAUUGCUAAUAUAAGAAUAUGCUCAUAACGGAUCUUUAUAAUUAGACUUAGACAAGAAAUUUAAAUAUACUGAUCUCUAAGCAAUAAUAUGUGUAAAAUAAAUACUAAAUGCUCUAUUAUUUAUGCAUAGAAAUCAUAUAUUAUAUAGAGAUUUAAAAUCUGAGAAUAUUCUUCUUUCUUUUGGGAUUAUAAAAAUAACUGAUUUCGGAUGCAGUGUAUAUAAUUAUUAAUAAUAAAGGCGAACAUUUUGUGGUACUGUUGAUUAUAUGAGCCCAGAAAUAGCUUAAGGAUAAUAUUAUGGAUAAUCAGUAGACAUGUGGAGUUUAGGUGUUUUAACUUAUUAUAUUUUAACAGGAAUCCAACCAUUUUAACAAUCAACUAAAAAUGAUACUUUAUAAUGUAUUAUUAAUAAAUAAAAUAUUAGUUUUCCUAGUUAUGUUUCAUGUUUAGCUUAAGAUUUUAUUCAAAAACUACUUGUAAAAGAUCCUGAAUUUAGAAUGAAUAUUGAAGAGGCUGUUAAUCAUGAAUGGAUUAAUUAAAAUAUUAAUUAUUAUAUAUAGGAAAAUUGGAGUAUGGAUAUAACUUAAUAAACAAUGUAGUUAGUUAAGUGA